AUGCCUCGCCGAAACAGCGAAGAAGCUUCAGAAUCUGACCAUGAUAUGGACGUGUCUCUGGAUGACAACUACCAGUCUGGGCUGGAGUUUGAGGGGGGCGUGAUAUCGGAAGACGAGGAAGAGAUUGAUCCUCUGCUUCAGUCAGGAAGACCAAGGUCAAAGAAGACAGCUGGCCAGAACGAGAAGAUCAGCGAGUUGACGAGGACGAUAAUCAAUGACUUUGAAGCUGAUGAUGACGAGGCGCCUGCUUCAAUUGACUUUUCAGAUGAUGACGAUGACUAUGUACCACUCCCAGAGAAUAUGGAUAUCGAUGUGGAUGACGAUGAUGAUCUUUUGAAUAACUUGAGAAACGCUGCUCAUAUGAAGCGGAAACGGCCAAAGAGCGCUAGCAACUUCAAGCGCCAGGUGGUGAACAAUAAGGACUUGGAUCCAGAGAAGAGAACGUACAUGUCUCGAGGAAACGAGGCUUUCGCCAGGGGAGACCUCGAAACAGCGUGGAAGAACUACGCAGAGGUGAUUAAGAUCGAUAAUAAGAGUUAUAAUGCGUAUAAGACGUUGGCAGAGAUUUGCCAGAUGCAAAAGAAGUACAAUAAGUGCUGUAACUAUAUGCUUAUGGGAGCGCUUUCGAAUCCUUCAGAUACAGCUCUAUGGGGCCAAGCGGCAGAACUAAGUGCUGAAUUGGGUCAUGUUGACCAGGCUAUUUACUGUUAUACGCGAGCAAUUGCAACCAAGAACACAGAACACGACUAUGAGUUCAUUAUCAAACGUUCCAUACUAUACAAGCAGAAAGGACAAUAUGGCCGUGCUCUAGAAGGCUUGCAGAGACUCAAUCUUCAGUAUCCAGAAGACUCAGCCAUCACCAAGUUUUUGGCUGACGUUUACGUUCAUCAGAAACGUCUUAACGAUGCUAUUGCGUUGUAUAAUCGUAUUUUGGAGAAGAACAUGAACCCUACUGAGACAAAGGUGCCUCGUUUUUCCUGGUCCGAACUUAACAUUCUUACUGAGUUGUACAUCUCCAAAAGAUCAUGGGUGGCGGCUAUUAAUACGAUUAAGCUUGUUGCCAGGUGGAUACAGAAGAGGUCGGAUGAAACUUGGUGGGACGAACAGCAAGAUUGUGAUGCUGAGUUCGACGAUAGAAGAGGCGAGAUUAUCAUGAAGAAAAGGCCCAAGUACUACAAUGAAUGUGCUCAUCGCCCUCACAAUAUACCCAUCGAUAUCAGGUUCAAAUUGGGAUACUUGCGUCUUGAACUAGAUCAGAAAGAUGAGGCUCUCCGACACUAUGACUUUUUGCAACUUGAAGAAGACAAACUGGAAGUGUCUGACUUGUUUCUUGAUGCCGGUAAGCAUUUGGAAUCGAAGGGCUACUUUGAAGACGCAAUUACCUACUUGAGAGAGGUGACCGAUGAAGACCAUGAAAAUGAAGUUGAAUAUUUACUAGGAAAGUGCUAUGCCGAAAUCAAGGAGUAUAGCAUAGCCAAAAUUCACUUACUUGAAGCUAUGAAGCACGAUCGUGAUAACAACUAUCUCAAAGCCAUUUUGACCGAAGUGCUCUAUUACACGCUAGAUCCGGAAGAUACUCACCUUGCUGCUCAAUUAAUGGAAGAGAUCGACCAACAGAGAACAAAAGGUGACGAGGAAGAGGUCGGGAAUGAAUUUAUUCCCCAAGAGGAUGAUGAUAAUAUUGCUCUUAUUAAGAACGCCAGGGAAUACAAAGCUACCAAGAAAGAAACCAUGACGGAAGAAGAACGUGAAGAAAUUGAACAAAGAGCUACCCGAAUGGUGUUGGACAAGUUCAACAGAAUGAAGAGACUACAAGAAGCGAUUGACCAGGGCCACAAAGCUGCUGCCACUGCUUGGAUGAACAUUGCAUCACAACUUAUUGACAUGUUCACAAGUACCAAAGCAUUCUUUCCCAAGAACAGAAAGUCAACUUUUAGAGGUAUCGUGAUGUACCUUCGCCGCAAACAAGAUAUGGACAUCAACAACAGGUUGGCCAGAAUCAAUAACCUUUACGGAGGUAUAACAGAUACUUCGAAUUCAAGGGUCACAUUAACAGCACAGACCGAGUUCCGUGGACUCACGUACGACCAGUGGCUCUACAUAUUCAUCCAAAACGCUCUUCUUGUUCGUCAGUUUGAUGGAAAGCUAGAUGAGGCAAUAAGCAUUUUGGAAGUUGCAUUCGACGUUAAUGUGUUUAUCCAAGAUAAGGCAAGAGUCAUGAUUCUAAGGCUCGUACGUCUUUCUCUUGCUAUCAACCAGCAAGAUUUCCUUCCAACCGUGUGCAACAAUAUUCGAUAUGUUCUUUCGUUGACGCAGUUCUCACCAACCAUCUAUGGCAUCUUCAUGUGUUGCUUUGGCUCAGGUAUUGCAGCCUGGGCGGCGUUCAGCAACUAUAACCACCAAAAGUACUUCUUGAGACAGCUUAAAGCGUACGACUCUUUGCUUACUUCCUCGAGUGUAUCAGGAGCUGCUCACGUUACUGUUGACGUAAAAGGAUUGACAUUCAACAAAGAGCUUCCCCUGUUGCUCUACAUCUACGCGUGUCUUUUGGGAAGCAACAGAGCAUAUUCUUCUCCAAUUGUGUACCUUACAAGAGCUUACAAGAAGUGUUAUAAUGAUCCUACGAUAUGUUUGAUGCUUGGGUUGGCUCAUGUCCACCGUUCAAUGCAGAGAAACUCUUCCAACAGACACAUGCAGCUUCUUCAAGGUAUCAGUUUCCUCUUGGAAUACAGAGAAAACAGAAACAAGAACAGCACGGUUUAUGAAAAACAAGAAAUCGAAUAUAACUUUGGUCGUCUAUUCCACAUGUUAGGGCUUCCAGCGCUCGCGAUAGACCACUACAACAAAGUCCUCGAUUUCCACGAAACGCUCCAAGACGAUCCAGACUACGACUUGCUGGUAGACGCAGCUUACAACCUAACGUUAAUCUACAACAUCAAUGGGAACUCCAAAAUGACCAGGGAAUUGACUGAUAAGUACUUGACCAUCUGA